AUGUCUGUUGCUGUUGCCAUCUCUGGGAUGGAUUUAUCAUUGUUGUUUGUAGAGCAAUGGAGAUUGGAGGGUUCACUAUUUUAUGAUAGUUUGCUACUUCUUCACAGGGCACAAGGGGAAGUAGAACUGAAAUGUGAUGCUGAUAAAUUCUUUGAUCUUUGGGCUCACAGAAUCUACCAUGUUGCCAAAAUAUGCCCUGAUAAAAUCCAGAAAACUGUGCUUAAUGAAGGAAACAAUAAUAAUUAUAUCGAAUAUGUGAGUGUAGGUGAAACUGGUGAAAGCUCACCCAUAAAAUCAAGGGUGGAAGAGAUGGAUGAAAAGAACAGGUACACAAGGUACACUAAUCAUGAAGGAUUAAUAAUGGAGAAUUACUACAAGUCCUUUGAAGCCAAGAUGGAAGUUACUAAAAAUGGAAAUGGUAAUGGUUGCAUUGUUGAGUGGAGCUUUGAAGAUGAAAAGAAGAAUAAAGAUGCUCCUGAUGCUAAUGUUUACAUCCAUUUUAUGCUUGCUAUGGCUAAAGCUGUUGAUGCUCAUCUUUGCAUGGCUUGA